AUGACAAAUGAGAGUUCUUUAUUACUUUAUUAUAAACAAUAUCAAACUAUUAUAUUAAAAAAGUCUCCUGAAGGCAAGUAUUCUGCUAUUUCAAGAAAAAUUUCUGAUAACAGUAAAGAUAUAGAAUUACUUGAAGAGGAGAGUAGGGAGAUAAGUGAUGAGUAUUUAUAUAUUGAUGAUCCUCUACCAGAAGCUUUUUUUGUUACAGCAGAAUGGUUAGUGGAUGAUUUAACAGAAAUUUUAGCAACAUUUAUACUUAUUUUUCAAAAUACAGUUCAAAAGGUGAAUCAUAAUAAUGAUGAUGUAAAAAUUGAAGAAAAUCCUUCAUUUAUUACUAUUGGUGUUUGUCUAUCUAUAAUAUAUUGGAUAAAACGAAUUCCAGCACAUUUUGAUGAGAAUACGCAACUUUCUAAUUUAGUUAAACGUUUAAAAGAUUUAGCUAUAACUCAUGAAAUAUCUUUAAGUAUUAUUCAAUUAUUAGAUACCUCUAUAAUUCCAUCAUUUGAGUGGUUGCGUUGUGCUUCCAUUAAAAGUCCCGUUUCAAGACAAGUUUCUUUGGUAUUCCAUAAUUGUGAAGCUGAAUCAUUAGCUACAGCCAUAAGUCAUAUUGAUUAUAAGGCAUUGUGUAGAGUUACAACUAAUGAUUUAAAAAAUUAUGUCAAAACAGGGAAAAUAGAUCAUAUUGAUAAAUUACAAAAAUCAGUAGCAUUAUUUAAUAAUAUAUCUAAUUGGAUCCAAUGGAUGAUAUUAAGUAAAAAUACCGCAAAAUCAAGAUCAGAAACAAUUAGUAAAGUUACAGAAAUUGCAAAAGAAUUGUUAAAAUCAAAAAAUUAUAAUAGUUUAAUGGCAGUUGUUGGUGGAAUUAGUCAUAGUAAUAUUAAUAGGUUACACAAAACUCAAGCAUUAAUAAGUACGGAUGUUAAAAAAGAAAUUAAUAAAAUGACAAUGCUCUUAUCAAUGCAUAGUAAUUUUUCUGAGUAUAGAAGAAAUUUAAAAAAAGAUAAAGAAAAUUUUGUAAUUCCAAUUAUGGGUGUUCAUUUAAAAGAUUUGAUACAAUUGAAUACACUAGGUGGAAUAGAUUUUUCAAAAACCAGACAAAUUACAUUAAGAAGAUUAUUUCAAUUAAAAGAUGUCCUUUCUAAAUUUCCUGGAAUUUCUAAAAAUUAUCAUAAUCUCAAUGAUGCUAAUAUAGAAUUAAUUAACACUCUAAAAAUAUCAUUUGACAUGAGUUAUAAUGAAGAUGAAUUUAAUAAAACAAUAGUAUUUGCUGAAUGGGCAAGUGGAGUUAAUUCGGUACCUGACAAAGAUUCUAUCCAAAGGCAUACAGCUGCUAUGGUGGAAGCUGUUUUUAAACAUUAUGAUCAUGAUAAAGAUAGUUCCAUUUCAGCAGAGGAAUUCCAGGAAAUUGCAGAUGGAAAUGGAAGAAUAAGCAAAACAGAAUUAUUUAAUUAUUUUAUGGAUUUCAACUCAAAAAGUAUUAAACUUAGAAUAGAAUUUAGGCAUAAUUUUCAUGAAACUACAUUUCUCACACCAACUAUUUGUGCAAAUUGUAAUAAAGUUUUAUGGGGAUUGAUAAGACAAGGAUACAAAUGUAAAGAUUGUCAUCAAGCUGUUCACAGUUAUUGUAAAGAUAUUGUUGUAAUGGAAUGUAAACACAAACAAGUGUCAAAUACGUCUUUCUCACCUGUAUCAAAUCUAUUACAAAAAACAACAACUAACACUGAUAAUGUUAAAAAUAAUAAUAAUGAAGAAAAUUUACAAAUUAUGGGAAAAUUACCUAAUGAUAAAUUAAAUAGGCUAUCGAAAAUUUCACUACAAGAUAUGUUUGAUAUCAAUGAUAAAUCACGUAAAAGUAACAGAAUGAGAAGUAAUUCAAAAUGGAAAGCUAGAACAGUGUCUACUGUUUCAGAGACAGGUUCAACGACACCCGGAACACCAGAUAGAAUGUCUAUUAAUGAAUUUAAACAUUUAGAGUCAACAGAUGAACCAUCAGAGAAUAUCAAUGAUAACGAGUCAGAUAAUAAAUACUCAGAUACAAAAAUUGAAACCUCAAAGCCAUAUGCACCUUCUUUCCUAUCAAAUGAUAAACAAUCUUGUUAUCAGAGUGAUCUAGUGGAAAAUCAUGUCAAAUCGAACACAGCAACAUUGGCAUGUGAAGAAAGUUUUGAAAUAGAAUAA